AUGAGCGUGGACGGAAACGAACUGUUUUCCUAUAGAGGUUCGCCGUGGCUUAUCUUCCCCCUGGCGCUGGUCAUCUUCAUCACCGUGACCGGCAACCUUCUGGUCAUCAUUGCCAUCAGCCGCACGCCUCACCUCCAGACCACCACCAACAUCUUCAUCACCUCUCUGGCCUGUGCUGACCUUCUUGUGGGCUUUGUGGUUCUGCCUAUGGGUUCCCCUUUGGUGCUGUCAGGGCAGUGGGUCUUUGGCAACAAGCUCUGUGACCUCUGGACCUCCGUGGAUGUCAUGUGUGUCACGGCCAGCAUCGAGACGCUGUGCACCAUCGCCGUGGAUCGCUACAUAGCCGUGACGCGGCCCCUCAGGCAUGAGGCUCUACUCAGCAAACGCAGGGCUUGGGUCAUUGUCUUCAUGGUUUGGUUUGUAUCUGGGCUCAUCUCCUUUGUGCCCAUCAUGACCAAAAUCUCACGCCAGAGGAACAACAACGAUUCCGACCAGUGCUACGAAAACGACACGUGCUGUUACUUCAUCACCAACGAGGUCUACGCCAUCACCUCCUCCGUGGUGUCUUUCUACGUGCCGCUGCUGAUCAUGAUCUUCGUGUACGGAAAAGUGUUCGUCAUAGCUAGGCGACAGAUGAAACUCAUCGGAAAAGACCGGCUGCGUUUCCAUGGCGACAGCGCGACGAACAACACCGCGCAGCAGCAGGACAGACAGGACUUUGAAAGCCCCGGCGGGGGAGAAGCCAGGAGGGUGCAGAGCCGCAGGUCUGUCGGGCACAUGAUCAGAGAGCACCGGGCUCUCAAGACCCUGGGCAUCAUCAUGGGGACCUUCACCCUGUGCUGGCUGCCUUUCUUUGUGAUCAACAUCGUGCAGUUCUCAGGUGACGUCCAGGUGAAGGUUUCCCUUCUGCUCAACUGGCUGGGGUACCUGAACUCCGGACUCAACCCCAUCAUCUACUGCCACAGCUCGGAGUACCGCACAGCCUUCAAGAACCUGCUGACCUGCUCACAAACGCGGACGCUGAGUUUGAACUCUCUUUACAAACAUCUCCGCACGCAAUGCCCGUGCUUUCUGGGCCGGGCCACAGUCAGUGGAAAACACAAAGGCUCUAAGACGGCGCAGGAUGUGGAGAGAGAGCAGGUCUGUCCUCGGAGCAGCUGCACAGAGAUAGAGUUACCCCAGCAAACCCCACAGACCUUCUCCAGCUCGGAGCUGACGCACAGUUAUACCGGAGAGAGGGAUUAA